GGGGAAGCGCGAGAAAUUGUCCAAAAGAGUCCACUCACUCAUCAGGGUUUCGACAUUGCCUGGAGAAAUCUAUGUUCUCGUUUCGAAAACAGAAGAGUUCUUGUAAAUGGUCAAUUGAAAAUCCUCUUCAGCCUUCAAACUUUGAAUUCCGAAUCUGGUAAAGCAAUCAAAAACUUACAAAGAGAAAUAAACUCUUGUAUAACUAUAUUAUCGCUUUACCAAAUUGAUGUUAGUAGUUGGGAUCCGAUCUUCGUCUUCAUUUGCACCAGUAAACUCCCCGAGAAUACUUUGACUUUAUGGGAACAAGAGUUAAAAGAUAAGACUUCUAUUCCUAAAUGGUCCGAAUUAGAUACUUUCCUUACAAAUCGCUUUAGAACCUUAGAGUCAGUGUCUGAAAUUCGAGGUUCAAAUACUUCCAAAAUUAGUGAUACAAAGUCAAAAUCUAAUUCCAAUUUAAACUCUAAUAAACGAGUCCACUCCUUCCAAGUCAAAGUUACGAUUCCCAAAUGUCAAAUAUGUCCCAAAGAGAACCAUGCGAUUCGCAAAUGUCCCAAAUUUCUUAAAAUGAAUCAACAGCAGAGACUGGAUGAGAUAAAAAAAGAAGGGUUAUGUAUAAAUUGUUUCUCGAAAACUCAUAGCGUGAGAAAUUGUACGAGUAAACACACAUGUUUUAAGUGCAAAAAGAAGCACAAUACUCUUUUACAUAAAGAAGUCGAAGAACAAACUACAUCAAGUCCAAACAUUAGCUCAAAUCUUAAUCCUAAUUCGCUACCCUAUGCUCGGCCUAAUGCAUCCCAUAUACAGUCCACUGAUAGUCCUAGUUCCAGUAGAGUACAAUCUUGUUUCGCUACUAAUUCAACGGGUGUUUUGUUGGGAACAGCGUGGGUAAACAUUUGUCAUCUUGGGACGAAAUACCAAGCACGUGCAUUAAUAGAUUCUGGGUCUGAAGGUACCUUUAUUUCGGAACGUUUAUUCAACCUUCUCAAGCUCCCCUCGCAAUCUACGAGUGCACAAAUUUCCGGGUUAAAUCAGUCAAUUUCAGCCACUGUUCAACAUCAGUGUUCCUUUGUACUAGGUUCAAACUUAGAUGAUAAUGUUUCUCUUCCUGUUACUGCGCUUGUAGUCCCUCAGCUUUCUAGUAAUCUUCCCUCUCAAUCAGUUCCGAAAUCCAAAUUGUCGAAUCUUCCUAAUAUUCCUUUAGCUGAUCCUAAAUUUUAUGCCACUUCAAAGAUUGAUGUUCUUAUUGGCGGUGAUAUUUUCCCCUCUGUUGUUCGUUCAGGGGUAAAGCACAAUGUUUGCGAAUCCCUCUUAGCGCAAGAAACCAUCUUUGGAUGGAUUCUUACUGGUCCAAUUUCUCAAAAUAGUAGUCCAAGUCGAACAAUAGUUUCAAAUUUCUGUGAAAUUUCUUUAGAUAGAGAAAUUUCACGUUUUUGGGAGGUGGAGAAUCUUCCAAGGAAGAACAUUUUGUCCCCAUCCGAUCAAGCUUGCGAAGAUUUAUAUACCCGUACAACAAAAAGAGAUUCCAAAGGUCGAUAUAUAGUUUCACUUCCUUUCAAGGAAGAGUUUCCAGAAACAUUGUCCUUAGGUAACUCUAGGUCUAGCGCUAUGGCGCAAUUCUUUCGAAACGAAGCUAGACUGAUUCGGAAUCCAGAUUUCAAAAGCGAAUAUGAUAAUGUAGUUUUGGAGUAUGAAUCUUUAGAUCAUAUGUUCAAAGUCGCUUCUCCUAACCCAUCCGAAAGUACAAGAGUUUAUUAUCUACCACACCACGCUGUUAUAAAACCUGAUAGCAUUUCUACCAGGGUUCGUGUGGUAUUUAAUGCCUCUGCUCCUUCGUCAAAUGGACAAAGUUUAAAUUCUUUACUCCAUGUUGGUCCAAUUCUACAAAAUGACCUUACUCUUUUGAUUAUAAAAUGGCGAUUUCAUCGAUUUGUGUUCAAUGCCGACAUUCAGAAGAUGUAUAGACAGAUUCUGGUCGAUAAAAAUCAUACUCCAUAUCAACGAAUAUUAUUCCGAAGUAAUCCAAAUAGUCCAAUUUGUGAUUACGAACUUAAAACUGUCACUUUUGGUGUGAAUUGUGCACCUUAUCUUGCUAUUCGGACACUAUUACAAUUAGCAGAUGAUGUUCAGUCAAUUUACCCUAUUGCUAGUAGAAUCCUCCGGAAUUCCAUGUAUGUCGAUGAUGUUUUAGCAGGAUUUCAUACGCAACAGGAGUCCAUUAAAGCAAGAAAUGAACUCAUCCGUGCAUUAGAUUCCGCUGGGUUUUCAUUGAGAAAGUGGACAUCAAAUUCCAAGCAAAUCUUAGUUGAUCUUCCACCAGACCAUCUACUCCAUGAGGAAUUCCUGAAGUUAGAAGACAAUAGUUCUGCAAAAACGCUUGGCAUUCGAUGGAAUGCGGUUUCCGAUAACUUUUAUUUUGCUGCUAAUCCAUUUUCCGAAACCGAUAAUUAUACUAAAAGACAAGUUUUAUCCAAUAUUGCGAAAUUAUUUGAUCCCGCUGGCUGGUUAGCACCUUGCAUUAUCCUUGCAAAGAUCCUUAUGCAGAAAAUAUGGAUCGAUGGUACUGGUUGGGAUGAAAAUCUGUCUCCUGAUGCCCUUAAUCAAUGGAAAACUUUUCUGUCCAAUUAUUCCGUAAUCAAUACCAUUCGUAUUCCACGAUGGAUUGAAUACCAUCCAGAUGCUAAAAUCCAAUUCCACGGAUUCUGCGAUGCUUCCGAAAAAGCAUACGCGGCGGCACUAUAUAUCCGAAUA